UUUUUUUUUAUUUUUUAUAUUAGAUAGGUUUGGGCAAAAAAAUCGAUUUGUAAUUGACUAGUUUCUCUCAAAUUUUCAAAAAAAGUUACUCCUAUUCCAUCGAAUGUAGCAAAUUGACUGUCCGUUGCAAUUUCGGAAUUUCCACUCGUCGCAUGGUAAAUGGUAAUGCUAUACGAUUCUCACCUCUCAGGAGUCUCAACUCAUCUUCAACUAUCGCAGGCAUUUCCGAGGAAGAACCCAUUAAUGGCCAAAGUGUCUGAGCCGGGUAAACCCACUUCUGCUAAAAGGAUUGCUGUUGUUGGUGCUGGUGUUAGUGGACUUGCUGCCGCAUAUAAGCUAAAGUCCCAUGGCUUGAGUGUGACAUUGUUUGAAGCUGAUACUAGAGCUGGAGGAAAACUCAAAACUGUUGCAAAGGAUGGUUUGAUUUGGGAUGAGGGGGCAAAUACUAUGAUAGAGAGUGAAGCGGAGGUCACGAGUUUACUCGAUGAUCUUGGGCUUCGUGAGAAGCAGCAGUUUCCAAUUGCACAAAACAAAAGAUACAUUGCGAGAGACGGUCGUCCUGUGCUGAUACCUUCGAAUCCCAUUGCACUUCUCAAGAGCAAUAUCCUUUCAGCGCAAUCUAAGCUACAACUUAUGUUGGAGCCAUUCCUUUGGAGAAAACGCUAUGCUUCUAAGAUUUCUGAUGAGCAUGCUCAGGAAAGUGUGGGUGAGUUUUUUGAGCGACAUUUUGGGAAAGAGUUUGUUGAUUAUCUAAUUGAUCCUUUUGUCGCGGGUACAAGUGGAGGAGAUCCUCAGUCUCUUUCUAUGCGUCAUGCAUUUCCAGAAGUAUGGAAUAUUGAGAACAAGUUUGGCUCACUAAUUUCCGGAUUAAUUCAAUCUAAACUGUCUCCAAAGAAGGAAAAGGGUGGAGGAGGAAAGCCUUCUUCUAAUGAAAAGACACGCAUACGUGGUUCGUUUUCUUUCCAGGGUGGAAUGCAGACACUUGUUGACACAAUAUGCAAUCAGUUUGGUAAAGAUGAACUCAAACUACAGUGCAAGGUCCUUUCAUUGUCCUACAGUCAUAAGGGGAUCCCUUCUUCAGAAAAUUGGGUUGUGUCUUCUGUGUCAAAAAAUUCCAUUGAAGAUCAACAAUAUGAUGCUGUCAUCGUUACCGCUCCAAUCAGCAAUAUUAAAGAACUGAAGAUUCUGAAAGCUGGAGUUCCAUUUUCACUUGACUUCAUUCCAGAGGUUUGUAUUUUUAUAGUGGUGAGUUACCUGCCCCUCUCUGUUAUGAUUACUGCGUUUAAGAAGACCAGCGUUACAAGACCUCUUGAGGGCUUCGGAGUUCUUAUCCCUUCGAAUGAGCAACAUAAUGGACUGAAGACUCUCGGUACUCUGUUUUCAUCUAUGAUGUUUCCAGAUCGUGCUUUCUCCGAUAUGUAUCUCUAUACUACCUUUGUUGGAGGAAGCAGAAAUAGAGAACUUGCAAAAGCUUCAACGGAUGAAUUGGAGCAAAUAGUUUCGUCUGAUCUCCAGCAGCUGUUGGGCACUGAGGGAAAACCUACUUUUGUGAAUCAUUUUUACUGGAACAAUGCAUUCCCUUUAUAUGGGCACAAUUACGACUCAGUUCUGAGAGCAAUAGAAAAGAUGGAAAGAGAUCUUCCUGGACUUUUUUACGCAGGUAACCAUAAAGAUGGACUCUCUGUGGGAAGAACUAUUUCCUCUGGAUACAAAGCUGCGGAGCUUGUGAUAUCCUAUCUCAACUCUACUUAAGAUGCCUAAAUGAUCGAGGAGACUCCUUUACUGAAAGUUGUUAGCUGGUCUCAGAAAAACGAAAGGAAAAAAGGGGGAAAACAAAAACAAAGAAACGUAGAUUGUGGUGUUAAAAUCAAGAAUUCCAGAGAUUUGUACCUUCUUUAUCAGUUGAAUUGUUUACAGUGUGAAUCAAGAAGUUAGCUCGACCUUCUUUUCUUGUGAAUGGUAAGAUUUCGUGAUCAUCAAUACUUGAUUGUGCUGUUUGCCACUUCAACGGUAAGAUUUCCUGAUCUUACAGUUUAAUUGCUUGUGCUGUUUGCCACUUCAA